UGUCCUGCGCACUGCGAGCAGCGGCCUCACCGACUGGUACAAACAACCAUCCAAGAUGUCUUCCUCCAUGGGCAGCGGGAUGUUCCCUGGCCAGCAGUCUGCUGGUCCUCACCCUGUCGGCGGCCCGGGUCAGCCGGGACUACUGUCUGGAGCUCCAGGGAACAGGGUCCAGGGCCCCAACACUCUAGUAGACGACCUGGAGGCUUCUUUCGAGGCUUGCUUUGCGUCCCUAGUGAGCCAAGACUACGUGAACGGAACCGACCAGGAGGAGAUUCGGACAGGUGUGGAUCAAUGUAUUCAGAAGUUUCUGGAUGUCGCCAGACAGACUGAAUGUUUCUUCCUGCAGAAGCGUCUUCAGUUAUCAGUCCAGAAACCCGACCAGGUGGUCAAAGAGGAUGUGUCUGAGCUGCGUAAUGAGCUCCAGAGGAAAGAGCUGCUUGUUCAGAAACACCUGUCUAAGCUGCACCACUGGCAGCAGGUUCUUGAGGAUGUCAGUGUCCAGCAUCGUAAACCAUCAGAUCUCCCUCCACCUGGACCCCUGGCCUUCCUAGAACAGGCCUCAGCUAUCCUACCCGCUGCACCACUCAAACAGAGCUAACACACACACACACCCCUGGCCUUCCUAGAACAGGCCUCAGCUAUCCUACCCGCUGCACCACUCAAACAGAGCUAACACACACACACACCCCUGGCCUUCCUAGAACAGGCCUCAGCUAUCCUACCCGCUGCACCACUCAAACAGAGCUAACACACACACACACCCCUGGCCUUCCUAGAACAGGCCUCAGCUAUCCUACCCGCUGCACCACUCAAACAGAGCUAACACACACACACACCCCUGGCCUUCCUAGAACAGGCCUCAGCUAUCCUACCCGCUGCACCACUCAAACAGAGCUAACACACACACACACCCCUGGCCUUCCUAGAACAGGCCUCAGCUAUCCUACCCGCUGCACCACUCAAACAGAGCUAACACACACACACACCCCUGGCCUUCCUAGAACAGGCCUCAGCUAUCCUACCCGCUGCACCACUCAAACAGAGCUAACACACACACACACCCCUGGCCUUCCUAGAACAGGCCUCAGCUAUCCUACCCGCUGCACCACUCAAACAGAGCUAACACACACACACACCCCUGGCCUUCCUAGAACAGGCCUCAGCUAUCCUACCCGCUGCACCACUCAAACAGAGCUAACACACACACACACCCACACCACACACACACACACACACCUCUCUCUCUCUUCUGGACACCAUCUUAGUUUUCUUGUUGACUUGUGUAAAUAUUUCUGAGUUUGUUGUUUUGUACUGACAGAAUAAAUGAGUUUGGAUCAGAACACCACCAGUUGUUUUGUCCCGACAGAAUAAAUGAGUUUGGAUCAGAA